AUGAAUUCAGGAGAUGUCCCACGCGUUGAUGGACAGUUGGCGGUGGCGAGGGCAUUCGGUGACAAGAGCUUGAAGGAACAUUUGAGUUCAGAACCACAUGUUGAAAUGGAGAUGAUUGGUGAUGAUACGGACUGUAUUAUCUUAGCGAGUGAUGGUUUGUGGAAGGUGAUGUCCAACCAAGAAGCAGUGGAUGCUAUCAAGGACAUAAAGGAUGCCCGGUCUGCAGCAAAGCGGCUUACUGAAGAAGCACUUAAUAGGAGGAGUUCAGAUGACAUUUCCUGCAUAGUUGUAAAAUUUCAGUGA